AUGCCCUCUGACUUUAUCUCCCUUUUCAGCGGGGACCUCGACCUGAAUUCUCCCAGAUCCUUGUAUUCAAAAGAAUCAGCGUAUGAACUUCUUCCCAAGGAGCUACAGUUGCCUUUCUCCACUCAGCAGAAGCCAAAAAUCAUGAGUCAAAAGAGCGGCGGAGAGGCAGGGCCUCCCCCUUCAGCUGCUGUUGCAUCAGAUGCCAUGUCCUCCUCUGUGACCAUGGAAGGCCCCCGCAGUGCUUUUCCCACCUCUUCCAGCCCCACCAUGCAUUCCAGCGCUUCGGCCACUGACCGGAACGCGGUGCACGGCGGCAAUGUUGACCCGGAGGACUGCAGGAGUAGCAGAGUAGUUCCAGAGGUUGUGGGAGCAGAAGGUGGGAAUGGCAACAGCAGCAAUGGUGGUAACUGCAGAGGCAGCAGUGAGCAAGGAGGAGGAAGAGGAGUAACAUCCCAGGAGGCACAACUACAUCACCAGAUGACCCCAUCGAAGCGCCGCACUGUACUGAAUAUUUCGCCGCCUCCGCAAGACCUGUUUGAUACCAGCCAGAUGUCCUGCCAGGAUGAAACAUCCCUGGACUCAGAGCAGAGUAACAGCAUUUGGAUGGAGGACUCUCUGUCCAACUUUAGCAUUAUGAGCACUGUCUCCUACAAUGACAACACAGAGGUGCCAAGGAAGUCCCGCAAACGUACCCCUCGGCAGAGGCCUGGUCCCAAGUCUCGGCCAGCAGGGGAAACCAGCAUGGACGUGUUUGAUGCAGACAGUGCCAAAGGGCCACACUUUGUCCUGUCACAGCUCGGCCCUGACAACAAGACGGGAUCCAAAGGAAGCUCUGAUGAUCCUCAGACAACUCACCACAAAGGAGGCGCGCUGUCGAUGCAAUUCCCACAGAAGAGUGAGGGGAAGGAGCUGAAGAUCGUUGUGCAGCCGGAGACUCAGCACCGAGCUCGAUAUCUGACUGAAGGCAGCAGAGGGUCCGUGAAGGACCGCACUCAGCAGGGCUUCCCUACUAUUAAGCUGGAGGGAGUGAAUGAGCCAGUGGUUUUGCAGGUGUUUGUGGGUAAUGACACCGGGCGCGUUAAGCCUCAUGGUUUUUACCAAGCAUGCAGGGUGACCGGCCGCAACACUACCGCCUGCAAAGAGGUGGACAUCGAUGGCACCACUGUCAUCGAGGUGUCCCUGGAUCCAAGCACCAACAUGAAACUAGCGGUGGACUGUGUUGGGAUCUUGAAGCUCCGUAACGCUGAUGUCGAGGCUCGCAUUGGUGUUGCGGGAUCAAAGAAAAAGAGUACACGUGCACGGCUGGUGUUUAGGGUCAACAUCCCCCGUGCAGAUGGAUCAAUGCUCACUCUGCAGACCCCUUCUUCUCCAAUCCUGUGUACUCAGCCUGCAGGAGUGCCUGAAAUCCUGAAGAAGUCACUACAUACUUGUUCAGUGAGAGGUGGAGAAGAGGUCUUUAUUAUUGGCAAAAACUUUCUUAAAGACACCAAAGUCAUAUUUCAGGAGAAUAUUUCUGACGAGAAAUCCUGGAAGGCAGAGGCUGAAAUCGACAUGGAGUUGUUUCACCAGAAUCAUCUGAUAGUGAAGGUUCCUCCGUACCAAAACCAAGCCAUCACCUCCCCUGCGUGUGUGGCAAUCUAUGUGGUGACGAAUGCUGGGAGAUCCCAUGAUGUUCAGCCGUUUACCUACACUCCAGAUUCAGCAAUAAAUGAUGUUGCCGUGAAGAAAGAGGCGCCUUCUCCAGUGAAUACUUGUUCAUUUGAUGAAGUUGUAGAUGGCGCCUUGAUGCCUUCAAUGUUGCCUUUAGUGAAGCGAGAAGAUGUCACUCCGAUGGAGGUCACCAGCAACCUCCAAUCUUCUGGUGUAUUUAAGACAGGCGACCUGUGUCCAGCCCAGCAGAACCCAGACAUGACUGCAGGACAUAAAAACAGAGCGUUCUCCAACAACCUGUCUCAGCCCGCAGGCGACCCUGACAAAGGCCAGGCUCCUGUCUUUCCCAACACAGAGCCCUUAAGCACGAUCCAGAAGCAGGACAUUGCACCCGCCAGCUCUUUCUCUGUGCCCGCCGACUCUCUGCUGCAGCAGGGAUCCCAGCAGUUCCUCCUGGAGCCCAGAGAGGGCCUCGGGCAGGAGAGGCCCGGUAACGGCUCUGGAUCUGUGGGGAGGCUGUGUGGAGAGCCUGCGCCUCAACAGCAGCAACUCCCAAUGUUCCCUCCAGACGAAGUAGCCCAGCUGGAGGAGGCAGUGAGGCAACUGAAAGCCAAAGGGUUCUGUAACCUACCACUUCAGUCUGACAACUCAAUGGCAAAACAGCAGCAACAACACAUCCAGCAACAGAUCCAAAAACAGCAAAUUCAGCAGCAACAAAUCCAGCAACAACAACUUCAACAGCAUCAGCAGCAACAGCAGCAGAAUCUACAACAGCAGCUGUUUCAGUCACAGAUCCAGAUGCAGUGCGGCAUGUUUCAGGAGCCCCCCCAGGCCAAGAACGCAGAGCAGCAGGGCCCCUCACAAGGAGUGGUGACAAACCAGGGGACUCUCUUCCAGCAGGCCCAACAGCUGCAGCAGCAACAGCAGCAGCAAGCAGCUCUCUUUCAGCAGGCCAGUGACCUGCUCUCUAUUCAGACCACCUUCCUCCAGCAGUCACCCUCACACCCUUCCCCACCCAUGUUUCACAAUCCUAGUUCUUUGGCAGAAUCACAAGACCCUCAGGGGGGGUUGUUUCAGAAAGCCUCUCAAGAGCAGGUCCAGGCCGCUCUUUUUCAAAACACCAUGACAGUUCUACAGUCUCCAGACCAGCAGCCCUCAACCCCGGGACUUUUCCUCCCUCAGACAUCCCUGCCCUCUCAGCUUGCUACCAGUAGUGCUCAACAGCAGCAGCAGCAGCAACAACAACAACAACAACAACUGGCCUUCCUCACUGCUCUACAAACGCCUUCCCCUGAACCACAAUCAGUCUUUCAGGUUCAGGCCCAGCUUUCCCCCAUCCAACAGAGAAGCCCCAUGGAGCAGCAGCAGCCCCCCCAGCCUCAGCCUCACACACAGCCAGCCCAGCAGGCCUCGCUGUUUCAGAACAUCACACAGCAUCCAUCUUCAAACACACUGUCUCCAGGUCAGCAGCAGCAGCAGGCUGGCCUACUGUUCUGCAACAGCCCUCUGUCUUCUCCAGAUCAGGCCUCCAGCCUCCUGUUCGGCGGCCAGGGCCAAAUGCCCCCGCUGACUAGCAGCAGUCUCGUUUCCCAAGAGCCCCAAAACCCCUCAAUGCUCUUUUCCCAAGCCAGCAUGGUGGCAGUUAACCAGCAGGACCGCUCUGAGCCCAUGGCCAUGGGGAACCCCACAGAUCGAAGGCAGCAAGUCAUGUUUCAGGAGCAGCAGCCGAUGCAGCUGGGCAGCAGUUCAAACAGCCGGCAGGAGCAGCCUGUGGGCCUCUUUAUGCCUCAGUCCAACAUGGGGUCUCUGCAGGGGGGGCUGGCCGCUCAGGAGCUCGCACAGUCAGCCAUGUUCGCCUCGCAGAAUGGCGUGGCUAACCUCCAGACGACCACCUCGUCGCCAGUUCAACAGCCCGGGACGCUGUUUCAGAGCGCUGUGGGCGGGAGCAUCAAUCAGCCCAGCCAGCCGCAGCAGCCUGGCCUCUUCCUGUUCGGGAUUCAGAACGGUAAGGAAUUUGUUACAAAGAAUGUGGCCAGCUGAUGAACACUCCUGGGAACACGCUGUCGGAUCAGAUCAUCGCCAUCAGCCAGUCGGGUCAGAACCAGAGAGAGAGCGACGCACACAUCCAGUCGCUGCUCUGCCAGUCUCUGUCUCAGAGCGGGCCGGUGCAGAACAGCAUGAACUCCCCUCAGAACAUGGAGAAGAUCGACGACCUGCUGGUCAGCCUGCAGGAGUCGGGCAGCAACUUAACUCGUUCCUACUGACCUUCAUACAGAAUCUGUCUUUACUUUAAUUUUGAAAUUCUUGUAAAAAUGUAGAGAAAAUGGUUAAAAUACUGUCUGUUGAUAAGCACAUGCAGUAAAUGAUUUGUGAAUUGGCUCUGCAUUAUGAAGUUUAAGACAAACAGAACAUUUUCUUAAUUUAUCUUAUUACUAAAUAUCCUCUAACACAUUAUUCAGUUUACUGCCGGACGGAGGAUUUAUUAAGAGCAGUAAAGGUGCUGCUCGCCUUUCUGAGCCAGUCUCCCUCUCCCAAAAAAUGUCCUCAAAAUGAAUUUCUAAAGUGGCAUGGAUGAUAUCUGUUAACUCAUUAUUAAGGACAAACUGGACAUAUGAACUGUGAAUUUGGUUUGUAAUUUCUUUGAAAAGUGAAGCUCUCUUGUUGACUUUAUGAUUGACUGUAACAGACUUGAGCAAAAUUAGAUAGACUUCAGGCAAGAACAGACAAAUUGUCGUUAUCGUUCCUUGUGAAGAGAAGCAUUGAAGUGGUCUUGUUAUCAUUUAUCUUAUGAAGUUUUGAGUGUAUCUGUAGAUAGUUUGUCAGUGAUUUUAUCUGCUGAGUCUUUCUGUUCUCUAGGUGUUUUCUAAAGUGUUCUCCAAAGUGUUAAGUGGUACCAUGAAUAGUGUUCCCUUUGAUACUAAUUGUGUAGUGUUGUUACUUGGAAGCUAGAGUGUGCAGUAAAGCAGGAAGGUUUUGUAUGUAGGGUUGAAUAGAUCAAUUUUGUGAAAGGUACUCGCUGUAUCUCAUGGUUGGAAAAGUGUUCACCCAACAGGGCAGAAAGUGUAUUGAGGGAAGGUUAGAGAAGGCAGAUUAUAAAGAGGUAAUGGAAAAGUAGAAAAGUGAACUGUGUCACAAACACGUGUCUUUUAUGUUGUUGCGGAUUCAUUUUAAUGUUGUAGCAGCUAUUGUGCCCCUGAAUAUAUAAAUAUACUGUUUCUGAUAAUCCAAAAAGUGACUUUAUUGAUAUGAUUUAGAAAGAAACAGUGUGCAGUAGGAGUAUAACUACAGUGAUGGUGCGUUUUGUUGAUAUUUACAAGAGGCCUGGAUAAACUAGAUCUUGUCUUCUUGAUGUCUGGUGCAAUGUGUAGUUUAGCAAACAGCUGACGUUGAGGCGGUGCAGUAAAGGUUGGUCUUGAGUUUCUUUACUUGCUAGCAGUAACGUUAGUCUGACACUCCCAUGUCUAACCAAAAGUCAAAGUAAACCUAAUCUGUUGUUCCUCUUUUGAAUGGGUGUGUGCCCUGGCAGGGGUGUUGGUUUAGAUAAGAAGAGGUAUUUUAUCCCAGAAGUGUUUAAUUUGUCCUGGUGUGCCAAACAGCCUUUACCAACAAAAUAUCUUUCUAUAUGAGCUACGUUACCAUCUCUAGCCCAGUGUACAGAUAGCACUUUGUGAUAUAGUAAGCAAACAUGUUGAGGCUAACAUUUAGUCUGCAUUCAUCAAACCAAACUGUGUCAGUUUGAUACUUUUAACAACAGACUCUUCUUUUAAUUCACAACAAAGAGAGGAAUCUUUUAAGAAAAAUAAAACAAAUAUUGGC